AUGACUUGGAGUUUGGAAACUACACCUUCAACAACUUUUCUUUUUUUUUUGUUCCUGCAAAUAUAUAUAUGGCAACUUGUCCGCAGGUACACUGCUGGCCUGGUUCCUCGAUCUGUUUAUACAUCCGGUAAAUCUUCAUCUGCUGCAGGAUUAACAGCAACUGUUGCCAAGGAGCCAGAAACUGGCGAGUUCUGUAUUGAGGCCGGUGCACUAAUGCUUGCCGAUAAUGGAAUAUGUUGCAUUGAUGAAUUUGAUAAAAUGGACAUCAGGGACCAGGUUGCCAUACAUGAAGCAAUGGAACAACAAACAAUAAGCAUUACAAAAGCAGGCAUUCAAGCAACAUUGAAUGCCAGAACAUCCAUUCUUGCUGCAGCAAAUCCUACUGGUGGACGUUACGACAAGUCAAAGCCUUUGAAGUAUAACGUGGCUUUACCUCCAGCUAUUCUUUCGAGAUUUGAUUUAGUAUAUGUUAUGAUCGAUGAACCGGACGAGAACACCGACUACCGUAUCGCCCAUCAUAUUGUGAGAGUGCAUCAGAAACACGAAGAAGCAUUAUCCCCUUCUUUCACCAACGCGGAAUUGAGACGCUAUUUAGCUUAUGCGAAGUCAUUAAAACCUCAGGUUACCGCUCUAGAAGUACAAGAAUCGUUUAUUGAGUUCAACUUGAACUACCCCCAAGAUUUCCCUUCUUGCAUGAAGACAAAGAUCGCUGUCUCCCCAACAUCUAUUAAGUUUGUCGUUCCUGUGCUCGUUCGCUCGAGAGUGGUUACAACGACUACCACAGGAUUCACUGUUAUCAUGUCUACCGUACCGUUUGUCAAGGGAAUGGUAAAGGAAGUUAUGAUUAUAGAAAAUUUGGUUGACAAAUUUACUGCCCCGUUGUCAGUAUUUGAGAUUGGCUACAGUUUAAAGACUGUGUUGGUAACCAGGUCACAAAGAAGAAGCUGUAGCCAAAGAAUUCAUAGGGCCACCAAGGCCCAGAUUACAGAAACAAGAUCUGUUGACGAGAUUCCUCACCAAGAAGAACUCAAAUUGCCUAAGACCUCUUCUCUCCUUUGA